AUGGUUGGUCAAGUCGCUGGUUCCAAGGUUCUCCUUCUGGGCUCUGGUUUUGUUACCAAGCCCACUGUCGAUGUUCUUGCCAAGGCAGGCGUCCACGUUACCGUCGCUUGCCGUACCCUCGAUUCUGCUAAGAAGCUUGCCGAGGGCUUCCAGAACACCACUGCUAUCUCCAUCGAUGUCAACGACGAGGCCGCCCUUGUCAAGGCCACAGAGCAACAUGACCUGGUCAUCUCGCUCAUUCCUUACACCUACCACGCCACUGUGAUCAAGGCUGCUAUUAAGGCCAAGAAGCAUGUUGUCACCACCUCCUAUGUAUCUCCCGCCAUGGAGGAGCUUGAUGCUGCCGCCAAGGAGGCUGGUAUCACCGUCAUGAAUGAGAUUGGUGUUGACCCUGGUGUUGACCACCUUUGGGCUGUCAAGACCAUCUCCGAGGUCCACGCCGCCGGCGGCAAGGUCACCGGCUUCAUCUCAUUCUGUGGUGGCCUCCCCGCCCCAGAGGCCUCCAACAACCCUCUGGGUUACAAGUUCUCCUGGUCCAGCCGUGGCGUCCUCCUCGCUCUGCGCAACGCCGCUAAGAUCCUGAAGGACGGCCAGGUCGUCAGCAUUGACGGUCCCGAUCUCAUGGCCACCGCCAAGCCCAUCUUCAUUUACCCCGGCUUCGCUUUCGUCGGUUAUCCCAACCGCGACUCUACCGGAUUCCGCGAGCGCUACGGCAUUCCUGAGGUCCAGAACCUUGUUCGCGGCACCCUCCGCUACCAGGGCUUUCCCGAGUUCAUCAAGGCCCUUGUCGACACCGGUUUCUUGAACGACGAGGCCAAGCCCUUCUUCAACAGCUCCAUCCCCUGGAAGGAGGCCACCCGCCAACUGCUCGGGGCUGCCUCGUCCGACGAGAAGGACCUGAUCGCCGCUGUCGAGGCCAAGGCCAGAUUCCCCAGCACCGAGGAGCGCGACCGCAUCCUCGCCGGAUUCCGCUGGAUCGGUCUUUUCUCUGACGAGGCCACCAUCCCCCGCGGCAACGCCCUCGACACCCUCUGCGCGGUCCUCGAGCAGAAGAUGCAGUACGCCGAGGGCGAGCGGGAUAUGGUCAUGCUGCAGCACAAGUUCGAGAUCGAGAACAAGGACGGCUCCAAGGAGGUCCGCACCUCGACUCUCUGCGAAUACGGUAACCCUGAGGGCUACUCCGCCAUGGCCAAGCUUGUCGGUGUGCCCUGUGGUGUUGCCGUGAAGCAGGUCCUUGACGGUACUAUCUCUAAGAAGGGUAUUCUUGCUCCGAUGACUAUGGAUAUCUGUGCUCCUCUGAUCAAGACGCUGCGAGAGGAGUAUGGUAUUGACAUGAUCGAGCGUACUCUGUAA